GGAGAGGCACAACGGAGACUGGGGCGCACGAGAGACGGAGAGCUGGAAUUGCAGAGGCAGAGACGCACGGGCGCACGGUCGAUUUUUGCCUCCCGCAUACCGGGGAGUCCCGUGCCUGUCACUGAAACCAGAGUGCAGGGCUCGAGUGCGGUUGUGUCAACACCUUAGUUAGACAGAGGACCGUUAACCAACGUCCCUGCAACCUAUUUUAUUUUUUAAAAUCUCUCUCCCCCCGUUUUUUUUUUUUUUUUUUUUUUCCUGCUUUCCCGUCUUUGUGGGUGCAGAUAUUGAUGUGAGCCAGAGGAACGUUUUUUUUUUUUUUUUCUUUUUUUCCCGUUGAGUUGCACGAGACGGUGGCGCGCGACGGCAGGAGGAGACAGCGUUUACAUUGAUGUGGGAGGACUAUCUGCCUCCGACUCGGGGAGCUCAGAUGAAGGGGGAAUGCAGCGCGCCGACGGCUGCAGCUCCGUGACCCGGGCGAGAAGAGGAGUGAGCCGCGAGCCGCCGACAGCCGCGCGUUGACACCGCGACAGCUCCAGCGGGCAGCAGCGCGAGCCCCCAGACUCUCUCUCUCCCUCUCUCUCCCUUGCAACCAUGGGCAAAAGACAGGAGCAGAGGGAGGAGAGAGAAGUAUGUGAGCUCUCCACUGCAGUAUUGAUGACCCAAUGAUCCCCUGCAGAACAGAGCCAGUCAGGCAGACAGAGUGAGGCUCAACUCAGAAUCAAAAUCAGAAUCAGCACCACAACCAUUCUGUAAAAGCAACCAAUUGAGCAGGAUAUGAAUGGUCUUUGAAUCUUCUCGCCAGCUGUUAGACGAAGACAGCUACAAAGAAGAAACGCUCAUUUACAUACAGCUGAAAACAUCCCUCUUUUCCCUGCCUCAUUACCAGCAAAACUAUUCACUGAAUGAGUGGCUUGUCAGAUCACCUACAUUCAGUCCAAACUGGGGCUCCAGUGGGCUGUGGUGAGACCCAGGCAGAGGAAAAGGGGUGUGUGCCAGGGCUUGAGGGGCUGGAAGGGCCUGAGUUCUGGACUAGGGACCUCGGGCUCCAGGGGGGGUUUCAGGAUUCCUCUCAAGAUGGACUGGCACUGGUGACCUCCGACCACAUCCCCCCCUCCUCUCCUUCCACCCUGGCCAACGGCAUCCAUCCGCAGAGAAGACUGGGGCACAGCACUUUUCGGCGGAGGCAGACAGAGACUCACACAACCGCUGAGACGCAUACAUUUGAGGAUAGAAACAUGCAAACACACAUAGACCCAGAUAUACCAGCUUUUUCACAUGCACUUAUGGAUAAUUGCGGCCAUAUGGAUAUAAAGACACAUUCAAGCUCUGUAGGGUUGGACCACACCAAAACCCCCACACCAGAGGCCGUACACACAACUUCACCUCAGCCCUUGUCUUUGGUACUUGGCAAUCGUCCUGCCUCCACCAGUCAGCUGACACCAGCCCCAGUGCGGACUGCAGAGACAGACAUGCCCUCAACCUUUUGUCCAGUUCCUACUGGUCCAAACCCAAGCCCAAACACAGACUCUUCUCCUCUCCCUAUGGAGACAGAAAAGAAGUAUGCACUCCGCAGCUCUGGACGUCCUCGCUUCCCCUGUCACCUGCGCAAAUCCUCCCGCCUCCGCCGAAGCAUAGAGGAUGGGGAAAAAAGGGCAGGAAGGGAGAAAGGAGGAGAGGAGGAGGAUGAGGUAUUAGAGGAGAAGAUCUGGAGGGUUAAAGAAGAGGAGGUAGCUAUUGGUGAUAAAGAAGAGCAUUUAUCUGUGGAGGCAGUUCUCCCCACAGCUACCUGUCAUACAGACCUCCCUCUUGCUCUAACUGUACCUAAACCUGUCCCUAAAGCUAUACCUAAACCUGGGCCCAGACUUGGGCAUAGGCCUGGACCUAAAUCCAGGUCUAGGCCCGCACCAAAAUCUGUCCAAAAGGCAGGUCCUAAAAGUGUAAUGAAACAACGUCAGGCAGCCCAAUCCAUCCAUCAUCGUGCUACACCUCAUCUCCCAUUUGCCAACACAUCCACCAUCCCUGCACCUCUGUUAACUAUGAAGGAGGAGCCUGUUGCGGAGUUGGGGGUAUGUCCUCCUAAUAACCGCAGACGUGGUCGUUUUGUUGGUGUCAGGAAGAUUGUGGUCAAGGUGGCUCGCAUUCCUGUCAGCCUCAGUCGUCGACAGAAGAGCUACAAAAUUUCUAACAUGGAGACAGUUACAGGACCAGAGAAAGGUAAUGAUGGCAGUGCGGAGGGCUCAGAGGCAGUUCGAGAGCCAACUGCACUCCUGCGCAUGAAGAACAAUGGAAAGAGUGUUAUGGUGAUGUUCCCUCCCGGAGAACUCCCUGUAAUUCUCAAACGCAGACGGGGACGGCCACCUAAGCAACCUUUGCCAGGAAUACAGGGGGAGACUCCAAAUGUUGGGAAUGUUAGUGGUAACGGAGACCAGCCCAAGAAGCCCCGGAGGAGACGUCGGACUAAACUCCCAUUUCCUUGUCCAUCGUAUGUUAAUGAUACAAAUGAUGUGAAAACAGAAUAUGGAGAUGUUCUCUCCAAACUGGCCUUUCUUAACCGCCAGCCCCCUGCCACUGGCCGCUCCUCUCCCCCUCGUUGUUGGACGCCUAGUGAGCCAGAAAGCUUUCAUGCCCCCUUGGAAAACCCCGGAAUAUCCACACUGCUCCACCGGCUCACUGGGUUUAGACGACCCCGAGGUGGCAGAGGAGGGGGCACUGGAAGAGGUGGAGGUGCAGCAGGGGGCAUUGGGGGCAGUGAGUGCAAUAAGAGCACAUUCAGUGACUUCUUUGAAUCCAUUGGGAAAAAGCGUAAACUGAGCCCACUGUCUGAGCAUGGAUUACCUAGGAAAAGGGGGAAGGGGGUGGGUGGGGUGGGUAGGGGUGGGGGUAUGGUAGGAACAGAGCCUGGGGGAGAGAAAAUUGUCCGGAAAAGGCGUAUGAGAAAAAAUGGUGCAUGUAAAGGAGGUGGGGUGUCCAUGGGGCAGGACUGGCCGAAUGGGGCCGGUGGCUGGGGGGAAGAGGGGGCUAUGGACAAGGAGAAAGUUUUGGGUGGGUAUCAGCUCUGUGGCUCUCCAAGGGGGGGUUUUUCCUCAUGCGAUGUUGGAAGGGGAGGUGCCUAUGGCGGCCCAGGAGCAGGUAGAGGGGUUGGGCCGGCAGGGGAAGACUCACAAAGCCUUUUCGCUGGUUAUUUUCGAUCUCUGCUCGAUUCAGAUGAUUCCUCAGACCUGUUGGACAUCUCCUCAUCCUCACAGUCGGACCCCCGCAAAGCCUCGUCUACCCCUGGUUAUGAGCCAUCAAGCCCAGCAACUAGUCAAAGCUGGUCUCCUGCAUUUCCUAAGUGGAGCACUAAGGGUGGUAGUUCUGGCGUGGAGGGUUCGACCCAGACUCAUUGUUCCUCAGCCAGGCCUCCGUACAGCUAUGGCAGCUUGGCCCAAACGUCACCUACCACAUCGACGUAUCCUAAAUCCACUCCUCCAUCACUCUCACAUUCGCCUAGCUCCCCCCAUCCUGCCUCUUACGGCCACUACUCCUCCAGCUACUCCUGCUCUUCUCCUGCGGUGCCACAGAGGUCGUCGGACUGCAGCUUUGCAUAUGGGUCCGGUCACAGCAGUGGUAAGGCCACUGUCGGUCAGAUGGGUUUUUCUGGCUAUCAGGCAGCUGCGAAGCGAGGAUUUAGUGGAUAUUCAGCAGCAAGCCAUUCCUCCCUGGGGCGGGGGGAAUCAGCAGGACCCACAUCACCUGGAGGAGGGUACAUGUCUGUGGCCAAAAGUAGCCCCUUCAGCUCCUCUCCGCCAGAAGGUUUCAAACAGUACAACCUCAAUCAGUGGAGCUACAGACAAGGUUUUGGUGGCUGGCCAACAGACAGCUUUGGAUCUCAGUAUCAUGGCUAUAGCGAAUACGGCUCCAAUGAGUCCAAAGACAUCUUGGAUAUUUCAAAUUACACUCCCCAGAAGGCCAAGCGACAACCGUUUCCUGAAAGUUUAUCAGAAUCCUCCUCUGACUCUUCACAUCUUGGCUCUGCAGCCACUGGUAGUGGCCCUAGCGCCACGGCUGGCCCAUACAAGCAGAAUGAAGCUGUUUCUGUUAGCGCAGAGGGGGGACAAUCAAGUCUGUCUAGCCUGGAGAAGUUGAUGAUGGAUUGGCAUGAGAGCGCCUCAGGGCCUUCCUAUAACUGGAGCCAGAACGUCCUCUUCCAGGGUGGAGGAACCAGUAAACCCGGCCGUGGCCGCAGAAAACGGACCGAGCCACAGUCAGAAAAAGACGGCGGUUCUGCUUUACAUUCUGACUCCCCAUCCAGUCCCUCCCCAACACCUGCUCCUGGACCUAAACGGGGAGGGGUUGGAGGACGAGGCAGAGGGUCCAGGGGAGGUAGAGGUGGUCUGUCUCCCUGUCAGAGAGAGCGUCUGUCUGGAUCUAAAGGCAGGGGCAAAGCUGCCGCUACAUCAGCAGCGGGACUAGUAGCGUCUGCCGGGGGUCCAGAGGGGUCUGGUCUGUUUCAGGAGGGUCUGGAUUAUUAUAGUGGAGACAGUAGCAGCCUCUCUCCUCUUGCCACUCCUAAUCCUGCACCACCUUCCAGCUACCUCCAGGACCCCUGCGAGUACCCCUCCCCUUAUUCUGCCCACCCCUCCACACCUUCCUCUGAGGAGCGAUAUCCAGCUUUAUACCCUGGAGAGUCCUCUUCCCUCUCACCCAGCGUCUCUUCGCCACCUUACCCUCCCAAGCCCACCCCGCCUCCGCCCCAAACUUACCUUAUCCCCUCCAGGACCUUCUCGCCCUCUUGCUCCCCUUCACCACGGGUAACGCCCCACUGUGGCACUGCGUUGAGCCCUUCUCACCGCCCCCCGCCAAAAGACCCCCAGUUUUCACAGUAUGACUCUCCCAGCUAUUGCAGCUCCCCCUACUGGUACGGACAGACGUCGCACAGCAGCAGCCCGAGCCCACACUCAAACACAGCCCUGCAUGCACACAGCAACCCGCACACGAGUCCACACGGAGCCACACAUGGCAAUUCGCUCACCAGCCCAAAUGCAAACACACACAUGACCCCGACUCCCCACGACACGCAUCAUCAUAACACGCCCCCCCACGCAAACCUGAGCUCACACACCACCUCACAUGCCACCUCACACCUCCAGAGCAACCCCCUGUCCCACUCGAACCCCCACACCAACAAUCAGCCGCACCACAACGCUCACGCCAACCUCAACACCCACCUCCCCUCCCUUACGCACUCCAACCCCAGUCCCAGCCUCCACUCUCAGUCCGCACCUGUGCUUUACGAGGAGCGCAGCCCGCCCUCCGCCAUGACCCCCCACAAGCGAGAGCUGACCACACAUGCCAUGAGCGCAGGACAUCGUCAGGGGCCCUUGCCUCACUCCCCAUACCCAAAACCCCCUCUAGACUCCUCACCCCAUCAGGAGGACUCUAGUGGCUACUCCCUGGCUCAGCAAUCCUACCAGGGCAUGGGACACCGCUAUCCUGCCCAGGGGGCUCAGGGUAGUGGGGUGCUGUGCCAGCUCCUGGAUCCAGCCAAUGAUGACAGCUUCAGCGUCACCAGCCUGUAACAGCAGGUUCAAUCCAAGCUUUUACAGAUUUGCAAACAUUUUUUUUUCUUUCUUUCUUUUUUUUUUUUCUUUCUUUGUGAGAGACUGUAAAAUGAGGGGUGAGAAUUUAGCUGCCAGCUUUGGACAGUAGAGCUUUAAUUCUCCAGCAUUGACAAUCAAGAUCAACUGAAACGCACAUACUUAAGCAUGCACAUUCACAGAUGCACACAAACACAGACACGCAUGUGCAGAUUAGUUCACUACCUAAACAUGAACACAUAAAAUCAUACAUGUGCGCACUCACUCACAGUCUGCGCUGGAAUGAGGGAACGGCCAUGACGAGCUGACAGAUGAAUACCAGACGCUCACGGACAGAGACAAACCUAUUUGAUCCCUGCUGUGAUUCAUAGAGGACUCUUUUUCUCAGAAGUCUGUAACUCACCAAAUCUUUCUGUUCUGUAUGUCUGCAAUAUAGACGAACAAGAAUCACAUCGCUAUUUCUCCCUUUCUAUUUAUUUUCUGUUUUCUAUCUUUCUGCUAAACCAGCAACCGUGGUCUGCACUCACAAAUCCUGCAUUUCUGUCUUGUGCCCUAAACUGAACCGCAUCUGAGCUCAAAUCAUCUUUUUAAAUACCAUGAGCCUAGCAAAUGUCCCGCUCUGUGCACUCCUUGUGUUGUGUCCCAUAAGAGAAAAGUGGACUAAAUCUGUUUUUGCUCUUGAAAUACCAGCAUCUGUACAUAUGACUCCAGCUCCAAGCCAGGGGGCCUCUCUUUGCUCUGAAGGCCCGUCAUCAACAUGCCCUCCUCUGCGUUCUGCCAUGGUUUCUCUGCUCUGGGGGAGGACUGCAGCAUGGAGACUCAACAUCCUGUGUUUUGCUGUUUUAACUACAAGGGAAAGAGACAUUGAAAUUACACAACGGCCCCAAAGAGACUCUUGUUUUCUGUGUGCGAACGUGAGACAGAGAGUGCAUUCGCGUGACAGCAGUAAUGCAUGUAUUUGUGUGUACGUGUGCAUAUAUGUGUGUGUGUACGGGGUGUGUGUGUGUGUGUGUGUGUGCGUGUGUGCGUGUGUGUGUGCGUGUGUGUGCGCGUGUGUGUGCCUGUGGGGUCAAAAGGAGUGAAGCUCCCCAGACACCAAAGUCUUGGCGGGGCCUAAUUCUUUCUUUCACUCUCUCCCUUCUUUUUCUGUGGUCUUGUGUUGUUUGGUGGUUUUUGUGAUGAAAAAAUUGUAUAUCUGUCUGUUACAUAUCAUGUAUGUAUCUAAGGUGCAAAAUAUUUAAAUACACAUUCUGUUCUUGCCAUUGGUAA